AUGUCGUUAGAACAAGAAGACGACAUUUCUGAUUUUAAGAUACCACCAAUAUUCGAAGAUUUAAACGAGCGUGUGAAAGAAUACUUAUUAAAGCCCGAGAGGCUCUCUAUACAUAAAUGGGAAAGAUCUCAGACACAUUGGCAUAGAAAAAGUGAUAUUGAUUCACUUGUUAAAUUUGAAGAUGAUGAAAUUGGCAUUGAUACUACACUUGAAGUUAUUCGAAAUCCCAUAACAGGGGAAAUUGAGGGUGUAGAAGAAGUAAGCAUACCAGUAGAAGAUGAUGAUGAUAGUUUAUCAAUGGCUCGGGCACCAUUACCACCUAGCCUUGCCACUAGAGGGACGACAACACAGAACCCUUUUCUACCAGCUGGUUUUGAAGAGGAAUUACAGAAAAUGCUAGAGGAAGCAGCACAAUGUGGAGAAAUAAAUAUAAAUCUAGAAGAUGAUGAACCUGGAAAAUUUUUGGGAGAAGAAAUUUUAACAAUUCCUCCUGGGAGUAAAGAGAGUGUUGUUUUUGCCAAUGAUGGUUUUACUUUACUCAAUAAAGACCUCAAUAUUGAGGAACAAAGAGUUGCAGAGAAAGAUCUGGAUACAUUGGUUAAAAUAAACCUAGAAGAAGUGGUAGAUAAUAAUGUGCAUUUAGUAGAUUUUUGGAAAGAUGAAGAUGAAACUGAAACAAAACCUAUCAAAGUGAAAGAAAAGCCCAAAAAUAUUGAGCUGGACAGUGACACUACUGAGAGUGAUAAUUUCCUGGAAAACACCAUCAUUCAACCUCCAGUUGAGUUACCAGAGAUCCCAGUAUUAAAUAUCACUAGUUCUAAGGGAAGAUUAGCCGUCACAUCUACUGAGUGGGCAGAGAUGAUCGAUGUCACCCUUCCAGUGCCAGACUUUAGAGAAAAAAUCAAGGACAUGGCACAUACAUAUCCAUUUGAAUUAGACAAUUUCCAGAAGCAGGCUAUCAUUAAACUGGAAGAAGGUCACCAUGUUUUUGUGGCAGCACACACUUCAGCUGGAAAAACUGUGGUAGCGGAAUAUGCUAUUGCGAUGUCCAGGAGAAAUUGUACAAGAGCAAUCUACACUUCGCCGAUCAAAGCUUUGUCAAAUCAAAAGUACAACGAUUUCAACAAAAUGUUUGGUGAGGUGGGCCUACUGACUGGUGACCUCCAGAUCAACGCAACCGCUCCCUGUCUAGUUAUGACCACAGAAAUUUUGCGCUCCAUGUUGUAUUGCGGUUCGGACGUCACAAGAGAUCUCGAGUUCGUAAUAUUCGAUGAAGUACAUUAUAUCAAUAAUGCAGAGCGCGGCUAUGUGUGGGAAGAAGUGCUAAUAUUGUUGCCGGCUCACGUGAGCAUAGUCAUGUUGAGCGCGACUGUACCCAAUACUUUACAAUUUGCGGAUUGGGUUGGACGAACUAAAAAACGAAAAGUCUACGUCGUGUCCACACCCAAGCGGCCUGUGCCACUCUGUCACUAUUUAUACACAGGUUCGGGCGGUAAAUCGAAAAAUGAAAGGUUUAUGAUAGUUGACCAAGAAGGUAACUUUUUACUUAGAGGAUAUAAUGAAGCAGUCGCCGCUAAAAAAGCCCGAGAGAAUGAAUACAAGAAAAGUUUCGGGCCUAAAGGAACAAAGCAGUAUUUGAAUCCUAAAGCAGAACAAACAAUGUGGGUGGCGUUCAUAGAUCACUUGAAGACCUGUGACAAGUUGCCUGUGGUUGCGUUUACUCUAUCUCGAAACAGAUGCGAUCAAAACGCUGAAAAUUUGAUGUCGGUUGAUCUAACAACGGCUAAAGAGAAAGGCCACAUUCGGAACUUCUUCCAAAAGUGCCUACAAAGGUUGAAAAAGCCGGAUAGACAGUUACCACAGGUGAUAAGAAUGCAGAGAGUUUUGGAAAACGGCAUCGGCGUACACCACAGUGGUAUACUGCCACUGCUUAAAGAAAUCGUCGAAAUGCUGUUCCAAUCCGGUUUCGUGAAAAUAUUAUUCGCAACAGAAACGUUCGCGAUGGGCGUGAAUAUGCCGGCGCGAACAGUCGUUUUCGACGACAUAACGAAGUUUGACGGCGUGCAGAGCCGCCAUCUUAUGCCCGCCGAGUACAUACAGAUGGCGGGACGGGCAGGAAGACGAGGUCUAGACGAUACGGGAACAGUGAUAAUCCUGUGUAAGGACGAAGUACCGAAUCAAAUCAAAUUAAAAGAGAUGAUGUUGGGCACGCCUGAAAAGCUUUCGUCGCAGUUCCGCCUCACUUAUGCUAUGAUACUCAGUCUCUUGAGAGCGGCGACAGUAUCAGUAGAGGGCAUGAUGCAACGAUCCUUUAGAGAGUUCCAUCAAAUCUGCCAAGCUGAUUACCAUCGGAAGCAGUUGCAACUUGCCGAAAAGGAGUAUUCUGAGAAGUGCAGCACACCUUUAGCAUCGCACCUGGCUCCUCUCGCUACUUUCUACGACACGGCGGCGGCAUACAUUGACGUACUGAAUGACAUUAUGCCCAUACUCCUCGGACAAUCCAAAAUGGUAAAGGAACUCGUGCCUGGAAAGGUACUCAUGCUAUCAGCAGGGCCGUAUAUCAAUCAGCUUGGUAUAUUUUUAAACAGUAGUGGCCCUCGGCAAACACCGUACAAGGUCCUCGUGUUGAACACCGUCGAGCAUGACCCAAAUAAAUACAAUUUCGAAGUGGACGACAACUGGUAUAGGAUGCUCAGCUUCUCGGCUAUGUACGAUGCCAUUGGUACGGAAGAGAAUACGAUAGAUCAUACAAUACUCUGUAUUGCGCCUAAAAAUAUUAUAGCGAUCACCAAGAUGACCUUCAAAAUAGACCACAAUCUGAUCAUUCAAGACUGGGAAAAGCGACAGUUUCCUAGGUUCAAAGACGCGCCAGUUGGUUCAAACUGUGCAAAUGCGGUCCAGGAACUAUCACGUUUAUCUCACGCAGUGCGUACUGGAGCCACUACACUGGAGCGACUGAACCUGACGCAGUCACUCGCUAUCACCACCGGUGAAGUAUUAGAGAGCCUCGACAAAAUGAAAAAAUAUAAGGAAGAAUUAGAAUCUCAGAAAAAAUCAACGGACAUAGCUAAUUUUAAGUCAGAGUUUGCGAUAGUGUACGAACGGAAGCAAGCAGAAAGGAAGCGAGACAAAUACAAGCGUCUUCUCUCAUUUGAGAACUUAGCUCUUUAUCCGGACUAUCAAAGAAGACUAAUGGUCCUUCGAGAAUUGAACUAUAUAGAUGAACAUGACAGUGUGAUCUUAAAAGGAAGGGUAGCAUGCGGUAUGGGGACCAAUGAAUUGAUUAUAUCGGAAUUAGUGUUCCGUAAUGUAUUCACAGACAAGAAUCCUGCGGAAAUAGCAGCACUGUUAAGUUGUUUCGUGUUCCAAGCGAAAACCAACGUUGAGCAACAACUGACAGAGAAGUUGAAGGAAGGAGUUGAAACCAUGAAGCUCAUUGAUCAAGACUUGACUGCGAUUGAGUCUAAAUAUUUGGUUGGUCAGUUUGAAGGGCAAUCAGAAAGGCUGAAUUUUGGAUUAAUAAGAGUGGUAUACGAAUGGGCUCUUGAGAAACCUUUUGCUGAAAUAAUGGACUUAACGGAUGUCCAAGAGGGCAUUAUUGUGAGAUGUAUUCAACAACUACAUGAGUUGUUAAUUGACGUAAAAGACGCAGCCGUUGCCAUUGGAGAUCCUAAACUGCAAGCCAAGAUGAUGGAAGCCUCGACUGCGAUCAAAAGAGACAUAGUCUUUGCUGCCAGCUUGUAUACUACAGCUAGAGAGACUGUUGUAACAUAG